AAUUUUAGGUUAUAUAUUAAAAGAUCGAUAUAUCGACUUUCAGCACUCAAACGGUUAAAUAUGACUCCUAAACCAAGCAGAUGGUUCCUAAGAUAUUUUUAGAGACGUUUUUAUCGAUAAAAGAGAGUUCAGAAUACUAUUACUAUUAUACAGUUUCAAAUAACAAAACGAUAAAGUAAUGGGGCGCGGUCCAGCAAGCGUUACAAAUACUUCGAAACGUUUGUCCUUCUUCAUCUAUCUUUUGAAUCCGAAUUAAGGAAGACAAACAAGGAAAAAUGCUUUGAAGUAUUUGUUACGCUUGUUGGACUACUACACGUAUAUGCGUGAAGAAUGGCAACGAAAUUUUUCUUGCGUGCCAUUUCGUUAUUAUGUGCUUUAUUAUGCAACUGUGCACUUGUGACAUAUUUAUUAAACCUAAAGUUAGACGCAAAGAUUAGCUUGGAAUUUUAUAUAUGGAAUAUAUUUUUUACUCCUUUUUCAUAAUUGUGAAACCGUGUGUUUUCCUACAUAAACAAGCCUUAUUUCACAUGUCUUUUACGACUAUUUAUUGACUGCCAGGAAGAGAAAGGAGAGUUUUCGUCCAUUUUCACAAGUGUCUUUAAGCGAUCUCAAAUACUGUUUCAUUCAAAUAUCUCUUUAUUUGCAAAUGACAUGCAAUAUUUCUCAACGUGUCAUUUCUCGCCUAUGAUAUCAUGAAUGCAAUAUAACCACGGUCGAAAAAGCAAUAAAAAACCAUUCUGUCUGUGACUAAUGACAAGUCGUUGUAUAAUAAGAGAGUAAACAAAUGAUAAUUUUGAUAAGGAUUAAUGGCAUAAAAUAUUAUUUCAAAAUUAUAAGUCAAACAUUCUGCUAAGGGCCUUUGAAUAGUGAGCGAGCGAGUAAGAGAGAGAGAGAGUGUGUUGUAGACAGAGAACGAUAAUGAAAAAGGAAAGAAAGGAACGUGAUGCAAAAAUAUCGUCGUCAUUGCUCAUAAUCGGAGCCCGCUUGAUCACAUACGAUCGUAUGUAGGAAUAUAGAAGAGAUUAGAUUAUGAGGGUUCGGAGGGAGAGAGAAGGAGGAAGGGAGAGAGAAGGAGAGCCAGCAGCAGCGGCAGCUAGCGACUACGACGGCGACGACAACGAGCGACGUCUGCCAUCUUGAUCGUGACGCGCAACUCAGAGGUCGCGGGUUCCACCAGUGACGAAGCCACUGGAGUUUUGACGUGGCUGCUACGUACUUGCCCGUCUGCCCACUCCUAUUGCAGCAAACUUGGUGACGAGAAAUACGUAACCGGAGCUCGCGAGGUAGCCGGGCUAUGGAAAGUAUGGUCGAGGAAAAUGGGUCAGCAGUCGAUCCAUUGUCCCAGAGUUCCCAAGGCGGCGAUGCUGCGCCAGCAAUUGCUACAUCGGUACAAUCUCUCGAUAGAACACAUCAGCAGCAAACUCACCACCUGGUAGCUUCUACCAGCAUUGUGCAACUUACACUACCUUCGUCAGGAACAACACAGGUACAAUCGGUCAUACAGCCCAAUCAACAGUCUGUAAUACAAACGGCUACAAACAUACAACCUGUUGCUAUCUCUAAAGGAAAUGUUAUUCUGGUUAGCAAACCUAAUUCUGUUAUACAAACUGCACAAGGCAAUCUACAGACCCUUCAAGUGGUAGAAACCGGUAGUGAUGACAGUUUCUCAGACGAAGAAUCACCUAAAAAGAGAAGAGACAUUCUUACCAGAAGACCAUCUUAUAGAAAAAUUCUUAAUGACUUGGGCGGUGGAGAAAUUACAGACGGUCGUUUGCCCCCCUUAGAAUCAUCUUCCGAGUGUGAUUCUAACGUGGACAGUGAAGUGUCUUCCCAUUCGCUCCAUUACCAAACAGUCAUUCCCGCCGGUACUAUUCAAAUUGCGACCCAAGGGGAGGGAGUUCCGGGGCUUCAUACGUUAACUAUGAGCAAUGCGGCGACACCAACUGGAGCUAUAGUGCAGUAUGCACAGGGUCAAGACACUCAAUUUUUUGUGCCAGCUUAUACAGGUCACGGGGUUGUAGUGGAAGAUGCUGCGCGAAAGAGAGAACUGAGGUUGCUCAAAAACAGGGAAGCGGCGCGUGAAUGUAGAAGAAAGAAGAAAGAAUAUAUAAAGUGCUUAGAAAAUCGUGUUGCUGUAUUGGAGAACAGAAAUCAGACGCUAAUCGACGAACUGAAAUCGUUAAAGGAACUAUAUCAGCAGAAAACCGACUGAGAUUGGUGUUUAAAGUCUGCAAAAACAGUGCAUCAAAACUAUUAUUCAGUCGAAAAACCUGUACAUGUCUUGUUUGUGUACAUUAUCCUGAAUGUUGCUAUAGGGGUAAGCGAUGGUGAUGUACAUGCAUUCUUAUAGAUAAGCGUUUCUCUGUAAUAUACUGUAUUUAAGUAACGAAUACGAAGGCUUGUGAAACGUGCUGUUACUAAAGCGGGAAGCCAAAGGUAUAUGAGACACGGAGGCAGCAAACACGUAGGCAAUAUUUGGGAAUAUCAGUCUAUAUUUUGGAUAAAUCUAGCAAUUAGUUAGCGCAUAUAUGGCGCAGGUAUAUUGUAAAGUUAUUUGUAUACUACGGUAGUCUUGAAUUUUAUGUUGCGGAUUCUACUUUUUUUUUUAUGUUUUAUAGAUAUCGAUAUAGUGUUCGAUUAGACUGAAAUCAAUACUUUGACGUAACAAGUAUAAAGAUCUUUAGAAAAAAGAAACCAAAAAUAGAACAAGCAGAUAAAGUCUUACGAAGAAAUAAUGUUUUUUGUCGGGGAAAUAUAAUUUAAGGCUACUAUCGUGUCCAAAUAUUUCUGCAAUAUAUCAUGCGUAAUUCGAAAAACAUAUUUUGACUUCAGCCUCGAACAUUUAGAUCGCAUUAAUAACUUAAUUAAUGUAUAAUAUCGUGUUUGUUUAGUGUCACCGUCCGCCAUUUAUACAUAGUUCGUUACUAAAGUAAUGAGACUGAUCUUUUAAUUGCGAAAUUCGAUCGCGAACCGAAAAAGUUAAAAUCAUCUAUACAUUCGAAAAUAUAUAUUCACAAAAAUUAUUAUUACACUAGCAGCUAUGUAUGCUCAUUUGAGAUAAAUGAAAAAUUAAAGUGCCAGACAGAAUACUGUGUGCAAUUUGAAUCACUCAAAAUGUGCCACAGAUAAUCCUAAAAUAAAUAAAAGUAUAUUUCUUGAAAUAUGGAUAGAAGUGGUAUGUUGAAAUGAAAGAAUUGCAAGUAGUAAUAGACAUGUCCAAGCCAGUAUAAGUGCAACAGUAAGUAAUUGUAUCUGUCAACCAAUUGGAAACAACUGGAAAUAUACCUGAACCGUGUUUUUUUUAGUAGUCAGUCUCGUUAUUUUGUGACAGACAAUGUAUGUCUUGGUUUCACAAAGAAAAAAAAAUUGAAAAGCAUGCAAUGCAACGCGUCUCUGAUGAAGAUAAUUCGCUUUUGAAUAAACUCGCUUUAAAAUUUAAUAUUCUCAGUGGAAAAAAUCUUGGCAUUGUACGUAGAAAAUUGUAAAGAUAGUUAUGUGAUAACGACAUUCGAGUUGUACAAGGAAAGAGAAAAAAGGAUGCAUCUUUCCCAUUUCAAUAAUGCCUGCAUCGCUUGUCCGUUUGCUGUAUAAAUGCGCGUAUCAGGUAUUACUACGUCGCUUUGUAAAAUGAGUAAAAGGAUUAAUUUACGUCUCGUCAGAAUGCCUCGUUCAUUCAACGCUGGACAACACAACUUGUAAAAUAUUGAAUGUAAUAUAAAUCAGGAGUGCCUUGAAGAUUUCUGUACACUUGUGGUAUACAUAUACAUAUAUAUGGAUGCAAAAAAGAAAGAAGAAACGCGCAAACGUAUGCAUAUGUAUGUAUAUACGU